UGGGUACGGAUGAUUGCCGCGGCAAACCGCAAAUUGACGGAUUUAGUGUGAGCAUUGUUUACUGUGAGUUGUGUUAUCUCGGUGAAAUGCCUCAAAAAUAUUAUCCCAGACUUUCGUAUUAAUUAUCUCUAUAAUAAAACAAUCAUUACGAACAUUAUUAUUUCGUGUUAUCAGUGAACUUACAGUGUUAUAUUCGUUGUUUCAAAUCGUGCUUACAUAAUGACCCUGUCCCAAACAUAUGAUCCUUGUCAAAAUAAAGCAGAAAGGUUUCGGUAUCGCUAUGUUUUGGAUUAAAACGAUAAGUAAAUAAAUGUGCUAAACUUCUUCCGCUUCUGAAUCUGUCGUUUUUUGAUCAGAUACCAAUUUCCAUUUAUCGUCUGCUUUAUUAAAUGAAAUUAAUCAAAAUGUGAUCAGUGUCUUUUGCGAAAUAUAUUGCUCUUGUAAUGACUUCAGAACAGAAAAAUAAUCGUCUGUUUUAUUGAACGAAAUUUUAACAAAAUGUGAUCUGUGUCUUUUGCAAAAGAUAUUGCUGUCGUGUAAUGACUUCUGAACAGAAAAAUAUAAUCAAUAAACCGACUAUCAAAUUAGAAAAUAGUGAAAUAAUAAAAACCAGUGAUGAGCGUUUGGAUAAAUGUUGUGACUCGCCCGUUUUGUUGGCGGGAAAUAAACAACAAAUCUUGCCAAAUAAUAACCACGAAAAUGAUGUCAAUAAGUUGACCAUGGGAGGCCCGAAAUCUCCUCGUAUAGACAUACCUAAUGCACAGCAACGUAAUAUCCACCAACUGUCCGGUAAUUCAUUGGCCAGUGAAGACCGAAGUAGUGUAUCAGAAGAAGGUAGUAGUGAAAAUUUAGUUUAUUUUGAUUGGUCUUUAUCUCAAUCUAAAGACGAUGGAAGUGGUAGUUUUCGCAAUCAAGCUCAGCGACCAAAAUCAGUGUCAUUCCAUACUGCUUCCAGUCUUCCUUUAGAAAAUAAAAUUUCUAAUGCUAUUGAUUGUGUAAAGUAUAUGGCCAUUGGAAGCAGUUUAAUCAAAGUUCGGCCCAGUGCUCGGCAGUAUAGACGGUACUUUAGCCUGGAACUACAUCCUGAAGAUUAUGCUCUCAAAUGGGUACCUUCUUCCAAAAAAUCUUCUAAAGCAAGAAUUUUAGUUAGAUCAAUGAAAGAAGUCAGAAUAGGCAGAACAACAGAUGUUUUGAGAAGCAAGGAAAUUUGCUGGACGUACUCAGAAGAUUGUGCUUUUUCAAUAAUAUAUAAUGACACUUUUGAAUCAUUAGAUUUAAUUGCAUCAUCUCCUGAGGAAGCUAAUAUAUGGGUUACUGGGCUAAAUCUACUUAUAAAUGCUACUAAAUCUCCUGAUUCCUUAGAUGAAACUCAGAAGAUGAGAGAAAAAUGGCUAAGAGAAGUUUUUGAUCAGGCGGAUACUGAUCAAAAAGGUGUUAUCAGCAAGGGAGAUGCCAUAUCAUUAAUGACCAGUAUUAAUAGUGCUUUGAGCACUGAUCGCCUGCAUCAAAAGUUCAUGGAGUUUGAUCAAGGUAAACAAGGAGAAGAUAGGGGUCGAAUUGACCAAAGUGCAUUUGUAAACCUCUUCACUGAAACAUCAACAAGAAAGGAAAUUAGUUUUUUAUUAAUUAGGUUUUCUGGUAAAGACUAUUUAACACUUGAAGAUCUUCAUUUAUUUCUUGAAGGAGAACAAGGAAUGAUGAAUGUUACUACUGACAAAUGCUUAAAAAUCAUUGAGCAAUAUGAGCCAUCUGAAGAAGCUCGUAAAAAUAAGCAGAUUCUAAUUGAUGGUUUUACAUUGUUCCUUUUAUCUGAUUACUGUGAUAUUUUUGAUCCUAUUCACCAAAGAGUUUGCCAAGAAAUGACUCAUCCGUUUCCCCAUUAUUUUAUAUCGUCAUCUCACAAUACCUACCUUUUAGAAGAUCAAUUAAAGGGUCCCUCAAGCAUAGAAGGCUACAGCUCUGCUCUUAAACUGGGUUGUCGCUGUUUAAAAGUGGAUUGCUGGGAUGGACUGGAAGGGCCAGUGGUUUACCACGGAAACACAUUGACAUCAAAAAUUCCACUUGAAGAUGUAUUGGAUACCAUCCUAGAAUUCGCUUUUGUCACUUCUCCGUAUCCACUCAUAAUUCAUCUAGAAAAUCAUUGCAAUCUAGAGAAUCAAGAAAAAGUCACAUCACUAUUUAUAAAAGUUUUUGGGGACAAUUUGUAUAUGCCAAGUAAAGAUGGAUCUUUCAAAAUUUCCAGUAUGUCUCCUGAGCAUCUGAAAGGAAAAAUUAUUAUAAAAGGUAAAAAACUAUCUCCAAACUUGUCUGAACCUGUUGGAGAUGUAUCUGAUGAAGAUGAAUACCAAGAGUGUACCAGCAGUAAAACUAUGCUGAAAAAAAUCAAGCUCUGUCGAUCUUUAUCUGAUCUUGUCACUUUAACGCGAAUACGAUUUUGGGAUAUUGAACUACCUGAAGAAAUACAACGGCUGGCAGAUGUUUCUUCCUUUUCUGAAAACAUGGCUUCUAAGCUGGCUCAGUGCUCGGCCGAAGAGAUGGUGAACCACAACAAACGGUACCUCACUCAUGUCUUUCCAAACAGUAACCGUGUGGAUAGCAGUAACUAUAAUCCUUUAGAGUUUUGGAGCGUUGGUUGUCAGUUAGUUGCUAUGAAUUAUCAGACUGCUGGACUUAUGAUGGAUAUUUACCAGGGUUGGUUUCUUCAGAAUGGAAAUUGUGGGUAUACCCUCAAACCUUCUUUUCUUCGGAACAAUAUGUGCUUGUAUUCAGGUGGAUGUUCCAAAGACCCACUCCCUGGUGUUGAACCAACAGUUCUUUCUCUCAAAAUUAUAAGCGCUCAACAACUUCCCCAACCAAAAGGUGCAUCAGCUAAAGCCACAUCAAUAGACCCUUAUGUUGUCGUCCAAAUUCACGGAAUGGCUGUUGAUUGCGCAGAAGUUCGAACUAGGACUCAUGAAGGUCAUUCUCCUGUUUUCAAUGAAAGUUUCGAAUUUACAGUUACAGUUCCUGAACUAGCACUAUUGAGGAUAGCGGUUUUGGAUGAUGAAUUUAUCGGGGAUGAUUUUAUUGGUCAAUAUAGUAUUCCUCUAACUUGCUUAAGGAAAGGCUAUCGUCAUUUAAGGCUUCUAUCCAACAAUGGGGAUCCUUUGUACAAUACUACAGUUUUUGUGUACAUAAACAUGACUACCAGAUCUGAGAAGCAGAGAAAUAAAAGGAAAAAGCCUUGGCUGAAUAUGAAAUUUGUUGGUAUCAAACAACCUGAUGAUGUGUUUAAGAAUGCUAGCAAUCACCUAGCUGAAGCCUAUAAAAUGCGAAUUGAUGAAGAGCAAGCCACUCUAGACCUUUGCAAAGAAUGUGGCUUAUCAGAUAGUGCAAAUAUUGUUCAGUGUUUACGAGUACUAUCAUUGCGCAUGGCUAGCUGCACUGCAAUUACCAGUUGGGAGAUUGAAAAUAUCAGCAAUCAACCUGCCGUAAGAGUAUGUGGUGAACUUACUCCAAGCCUGUCUAAAGUUGUUUCACUUUUAGAAAAAGUUUUGAUGGAAUAUAAUUACAUAAAAAAGAAUGCAUCUGACACUCUAAAAAUU